AUGGAUGGUGGUUUUACAAUUACGGGAUCGGGCCAUUCAGUGCGUUGGUCGCCACCACGAUUGGAUGGAUUGAGCCUUGGUUCCCGCGAGAGUAUCUCUGCCCGAGUUCGCAGACCCUAUCAGCACCUCCAAGCGAAUAGAGACUUCAGAACGGAUGGCCUUAGUGACCAUCGUCAAGAGUACCCGAAGAAGGCGCGGUCGGUUACGGAAGAACAAGAUCGUGAUAUAACUUGGAACGCCGCAUACUUCUUCAAGAAGGAUAGAUCUAGGAGUGGUUGUAUCAAUAAAUUUCCAGGAAUCCACUGCCUUUUGACGAAAAUAAGUCUUUUCAAAUGUUUGGAAUUUCAGCGGCGUUAUUUUCCCGAGGCCUACGACUUUUAUCCACCCACAUGGUUUCUGCCGCACCAGUACGAUGAAUGGGCCUCUUACACCACACAAUACAAAACGGGAACAGUCACAUAUAUCGUAAAGCCUAGUGGUGGAACACAGGGGAAGGGAAUUUAUCUGGUUCAAUCGCCGAAGGAGUACUGCAAAGAGCAGAUGAAUGCACGUGAAAAUGGACCUCAAAGUGAUAAUAAAACAGUGAUGGAUCCGAUUAUCUGUCUAGGAGCAGAUUCAAUGGGAUUUUUGGCGGCCAAGGAGGUAGUUCAACAGUACGAAGACAACCCAGUACUUGUGAGUGGUUUCAAAGCAGAUCUACGAAUCUACGUGGUCCUGGAAUCGAUCAAACCGUUACGGAUCCAUGUUUAUAGAGACGGUUUGGUUCGUUUGGCCAGCCAGAGGUAUCAUACACCGGAUCCCAUGAACAUGCGGAAUAGUAAGAUGCAUCUCACCAACUAUUCCAUAAACAAGUUCCCAGAUAGUGUGGAUCCAGGAACAUCGUCUCAAAUGGAGUCCCCUAUGAUAGGUUUGACGACGACCUCCAUAAGGGGUGGUAGUCAUAGCGACGCUGAAUGUCUGGACCCCACUUGUGUAGAAACAAAAACCAACUGGCAGUGCAAGCAUCGUCUUCACUACUUCAUUCAGUCUGGACGUUUUGAGACAGGGAGUAACCUCACCCCGACCACUUUUUGGGCAAAAGUAGAUGAGUUGGUAAGAAACACAAUAUUUGCCUUGGUACCCUAUCUCCGUGUUGCCUAUUGGGCGGAGUGUGAAGGUUAUGGAGUGGUUGAUUCUGGGCUCGUCAAAUCCAACGAUCCACCUCAAUGCUUUCAGAUCUUCGGCUUCGAUCUGCUUCUCGUGGAACCCGAUUGUCGACCAGUUUUGCUAGAAGUGAAUAGCAGUCCAAGCCUCCGGAUUGACUGCAUGCGUCCACUGGUGCGUUACCCCAGCGUGGCGGCACGUCAGGGCCUGUCACCGAACAUUGUAGUCAACUCACCAAAAUACUCCGCCUUCUUUCGAUCUCGUGUAGACGAAGCGGUGAAAUUGGGCUUGUUAAAGGCAACUCUCUUACUCAUGGGUAGUCGCAUCAUUCAUCAACGCCUCCUUCGCUACUCCCCGGAGAAAGCAAAGGCUUUUUUAGAGGCGUGUGGAUACAAAACUCCGUUGAGUGCAAGAACUGAGAAUAACAAGAAGUCCACCGCUGAUACUACUAAGAAAGAGAGCAAAGUUGAUAAACUUCUUAGUCCCGCAAGGCUUCCUGCGCAAUCAGGCCGCAUAACCCAACGCGGUGCCAUGGGCUGCAGUGGUAGCAACAGGUGGAUGAGCUCUCGGAUCUCCCAGAUCUACUGCAGACCUCGUGCACGCGAGGAUAGAUGGAGUGAACGGAAGAAGAAACACCUCUCACCGCCUCUGGUGUCGACGAAAGCGUCUGUAACUAUGCCAACGACAUCGACAAUGGUGACAACAGUGGCAAAGACGUCGACGUCUAUUCCUUCCCUCACUGCACCGGUUUGGCCGCCGUUGCGGUGUCCCUCCAUCCACACAGCGUCUGGAAGGCAGCGGCAGAGUGAAAAGCUAAGCGAACACUUCCUCUCUCAGCCGCUUUCACGGGCUUGUCGAAAGGCCAGAAACAGACUCCAUUGUAUUUACGCCGAGGACGAGAUCUAUCCAACAUCCACUGGAAUCUUUGCCGAGGAUGACAGAGAAUGCGGACUCAAUGCUUCAAACAACGAGAAGGUGCAAUUUCCGCAGACCUUUCCUACUUUCGCCCCUACGGAAGUCAGGAAGCCUUCUCCAUUAACCCCGGAAACCAUGGAAAAGUUGAGGCUUGAUGAAAAGCAGCCACUUCAAGGCGACUUCAAAUCCAACGAAUCAGCUUCCUUAGAGUACGCACAGCCAUCUCCACCCACCUCAAACUCAGUGGCGCAUCUUCGAAUAGUGGACCGUCUGGCGGAGAUAUUUAUUCACAUUCUCUCCAUUCGACGACCCCAGUGCAGCCACCAGAAGCCUCCUGAAAUCGUGGAUGAUGUGGGUCAACGAAGUCAUGCCAAUCGACCGCGUCCUGGCAACAAACUUUCUUUCGUUAUUUACGUGGAUCCCAAUGGAAAGACUGUUAGUUCACACUUCACCACCGCGAAUACCGGGAGCACUGAGGCGCAGGGAAUUGUCGAUGUCCCCAUUCCUCGGAUGGAUUUCACCAGUUUCCGGAUGUUCACCCAAGUAGACACCACAGCAACAAAGUACCUCGAACUUGGACUACUGCGACCGGCUUCCAAGUCUCCCUCCCACACUUCGUUCCCUUUGUCUCCCUCCAUGUCUCUUGUCAACCACAACAGACCGCUUGUCAAGUGGAGCGACACUUCUGUGGAUCGCAGACGAAACGAUCACUUUCAGACAGACGUGCAGAGUGCCGGUAUCUCCAUACGGGAGGUUGACGUACUCUACAUGAAGCACAGGCUCCACUGGUUUCGUGUGUUCGAGCCGGACACUCCGAGUGCCGACACUGGUCUCUCAUUUCCUGCAUUUGUGGAGCUUUGUUCAAUCAUCGCACAGAAGUAUUUUGCCAAUCCUUCCAACUUCGGUGACUCCUACGACCCGGUCAAGGAGGCUGAUCAAGCAGAGCCCACAGCUGAAAGGCACAGAAGGGCAUUCACGGCCUUUGUGGAGCAUUGCAUGAAUGCGCUUAAACUACCCUCCACUCAGUUACCGUCACCACGGACGACAUCGUUCAAACCUUCUUCCUCUCGAGAAAGAGUAGUGAAGAAAUUUCAGUCAGUGACGCAGAGUGACGAAAGGACAGCUCUUCACUGUCUUCACAUGAACAACUGGAAACUCGACAGCUCUCUAGAGUACUAUUUCAGCAACAGCUCGAAUGUACUCAACGAGUCAAAAAUGGAACAACUAUUUCAACGCUAUUCUGACCCCCAGUAUCCCGACCGCAUCCUAGCAACUGGCAUGGAGCGUUUCCUUGUGACUGAUCUCCAUCUUGAUCCUGCAAGUCGUGUGGUACUGAUUCUGGCCUGGAAAUUUGGUGCUCGCACUCAGGGCGAGUUUACGAGAGAGGAAUUCUUCCGCGGUCUACACGAAUUGGGGCAAACACUUCGAGAUCGUGUGGCCACCCUAGAAUCGGAAGUCGAGAAUCCAGCUGCGUUUAAAAGCCUCUACACCUUCACUUUCGGUUUCGCUAACGUAGACAGGCAUGAUAGUAAAACGCUUGUGCUUGAUUACGCCAUCCCUUACUUUGACCUUCUGCUUCGCGGCAAAUUCGAGCAUCUUGAUCUGUGGUUCAAAUUCCUUCAGGAGAAGCAUAAGUCGUCGAUUUCGAAGGACACCUGGGAUUUGAUGCUCGAAUUUGUAAACACAAUUGCCUCAGACUUCUCCAACUACGAUCUAGAAGAUGGUCCUGCUGUUGAGUCAAUCAAUAUCCUCGCGACCGGACGGUGGUAUAGGAAAUGCGUCCGUUGCAUAGCACCGUCCGAUCGUGAGUAUGAUGAGCGAUAUCCCAUUCUCAAUAUCGAAGGAACGACCUACCCCCCGCCGCAGUGGCGAGCUUUUGCCGCUAAAAUUGUCACCACCUUGAAAUAUACCAGUCUGGUCGAAGCUGCAGUCCAACAGGCUACCCCAGCCACAGGAGCUUCUAUCAAUUAUCGACGCACACCUACAGUUUCAGGCCCCGGGUUCUGCUUCCCCUGGAAUGUCUUUCAAUUCCAACAGCAAUCCCCAUAUGCCAAGGCUAGCGACUCUUACGGUGGGGUACGUAAAAAUUUUGUGAGCUGGAGGUUGUUGCUUCUCGUUUCCACUGGAUACGAAGAUGCAAGUGCGGGCAGUUUUAGUGCCGCCCUAAAAUCAAGUGGACUCAAGUAUCACGUGCUGUGGCCUCACGCAGGUUGGCUAUGGCUUUACCGUGGAUGUUUCCGGUCCUCUACGGAGAGUUUGUCCACGAGUGGUAUGGCUGUCGGCAUCCGCUGUGGGGCUACAGAAUUGCGUACCCUGCUGACGGCCUUUGUGGAUUCAGUUCAUGUUGUAGCUCAAUUCUCAGGCCGUGUGGAAUUCUUUAGGUCGGCUUCCCCCUUCAACUGA